AUGACUGACAACGUUCCUCUCAAUGAAACGGGCAGUGGUGUCCUGAUUGACCUGGGCGAGGACGACGACAAUAAUUAUGAAAUCGUAACUAUUACCUCCUCUGACGAUGACGACGAAGACGUAGUCGGAGACGUCUGCGGCAUUUAUAAAUACCCACCUGGCCGGUUCAACCACCCUUUUUCAGGUCCUGGUGAGUUGGCGCCUGGAAAAGUUGACAAUGUAGAGCUGGACAUUAAUGCUAGUCAUGGCGCUGUGUCCCACCGGCAGCCCAUCCACCCCAGCUACCAGACCGUGCAAGCGAGGAUGAUGGCUUCGUCCUCUCAGGAAACAGAAGCGGAGGAGUCGUGCAGGAGCAGAGCCAAACCCCAAUGCAAAGUGUGCCUGGAUGGAGAUGUCCGUGUGGUUUUCCUGCCAUGCGGACAUCUGGUCACUUGCGUGCAGUGCGCUCCGAAUUUCAGCCUCUGUCCGAUCUGCCGGACCGAAAUCAAAGCCACUGUUAGAGCUUACUUUGCGGAAUAA